UAGGAGCAGACGCAAACGAUCCCGCCGGUUUUUGGUGCCGUACCGACUGUAGACCCCGAACAAUACAAACAGAGUAGUGCCGCGUGGUGCGGCCGUUAAUUUUGAAAAACUUAAAAAUGCCACAAACAUCUGCCCGAAACUGCUUUUCCCCUUUCCAACCCGCUAGUAUAUAGUGCCAUCCCCUAAGGGGGGAAAAAAAACAAACCCCUGUAUAGAAUUACCUAUCGAAGAAAGCUACGCGUGCCCAAUCAAUCGCAGCGUGUCAAUGACCUUUUGUGGGGGUUUUUUGUGUGUGGCCAUGCCACUGGAAUUUGCAUACGACCAGACGCAGUAGGCAGCCACACGCCAGCAACAGCAGCAGCAGCAGCAGCAUACCGCUGUGUAUCGUGAAUCGAGUGCAAUCGAGGCGACAUCAGCCGACAUGUCUCAGCUUAGCAAGUGUUUCUACCAAGCGACGGCAGGCCGUACCUGUCGCGAUCUGUGCCAUCCCGAGUAUGCCACCUGCUGGCAGUCCUUCGUAGGGAACACGAAAUCGUUGUUACCCGGGUGCUAUAAGCUGUACCUCUCGCUACUGGUGAUACCACCACUGGUCAAGGGCAGUGGCUACACGGUCGAGUACUGGAUUAAUCACAUCCGGAGCUACGCAUCGAUAUCAACCAAAACGUACAUACUAGCGAUCAGCGGCCUAACACUGCAGUGUCUACUCUAUAAAGCGUUCGGGAAGCUGCACUACUACUGCCUGAUGGGUGUACCGGGCGCUAUUAGUGCGGCGAUCGUACCACGGCUCCCGCACGUACACCGGCGGCUGCAGGGUAUCACCUACUUCAACAUGAUGCUCGAGGUGAUGAUCAAGAAGAGUCGACUGGCCUGGGUACAGACGCUUCGCCGUUCGAAACUGUGCGCUACCGGUGCGUUUAUGGUCUGCAGUGCUACGAUAAUGUACGUUCUGCGCAAAGGAACGGUGAACCAAUUUUGGAUUACCUAUCCGGAAAGGCCGGAGAGCAGCCCCGUUGCUACGCUGGAUGCGAGCAGGCCCUCCUGCCUGCACGAAGGACCGUGCAGUCGAUACGUAUUCGAUGGUGCCUGGAAGUACACUUUGGCCGGGCUGACCAUUGAAACGGCUCGAGCACUGCUCGCGAAAGGCGCACUGUUCAUCAAUCAACCGAGCCGACGCGCCUGGACGGAAGUGGUCAGCUCGGUUGGCCUCGGAUUACCGCUCUUCCUCGCCACGUACGUCGGUAGCUACCGGUGUGUUAGCUGCCUGCUGGCUGGCUUGACGGCUGGAGGCGGCCCGGGUCAACCAGCGCACGCCACCACGCUCGCCGGCUUUCUCAGUGGGGCGAGCUAUCUGCUCUACCCGCGAUAUCAGGUGUUUACGCUCGGAUUCACCAAGUUCCUGGAGAUGGCAUGGGAGCACCAGUGGAAUACGGUGAAGGUGCGGCCCCGCUGGAUGGUGUGGGUCGACCGGCUGCCGGUUCUGCGCCUGGUCCAUAUGCUGUCCAUCGGCUACAUGUAUCAUGCGCUCGUCUUCCAUGCGCACCUUUCGCCGGCAUUCAACGGAAAGUGCGUCAACUACUGUUCGAAUUAUCGCGUCGAGAACACUAAGCGGCGACUGGUUGGUUGGAUGCUUGCGCACUCCUGGAACAGCUGCUGACACGCCAGUG